AUGGCAGGCCAAGACAAGAAAGGCUCGAAAAAGGCCCGGGGCUCCAAGGCUGGAGCCGCACCGGUAAUCACCGAUCCCAGAUUUUCCAACAUCCAGUCCGACCCUCGUUAUCGAUUGCCCAGCAAACGUCAGACCCAUGUGAAACUUGACAAGCGCUUUGCGCACAUGCUCGAUGACAAGGACUUCUCUCGCAAUGCCGCUGUGGAUCGUUAUGGACGCAAAUUGGCUCGUGAUGACACGAAGCAACAAUUGAAAAAAUUCUAUCGCCUUGAGGAAGAUGAGGAAGACGACGAAGACAAUGAAGAGGACGGUGAAGCCUCUGGCGAUGACGUUAGCAUUGACGAUGAUGAGGAGGUGCAAAAAGAACUGAAGCGGAUUGAUGCGCGUGACUAUGACCCUGCUCGCGAUGGAGGAUUCUCAGAAUCUUCUUCUGAAGAAGAAAGCUCCAUCCAACGUUCCUUUAAAGGAGACGUCACGACUCGCAUAGCUAUCGUGAACUUAGACUGGGAUAACAUUCGGGCAGAAGAUCUCAUGGCUGUCUUCUCGAGCUUCGUCCCUACGGGUGGCCGUGUACUCAAUGUUGCAGUGUACCCAAGUGAGUUUGGAAAAGAGAGGAUGGAGCGAGAAGAAGUCGAGGGCCCUCCAAAAGAGAUCUUCGCAUCUAAGAAUCGGAAGGACGAAGAAGACGAAGAGCUCGACUCCGACGAAGAGGAAGAAGCCAUCAAAAAGUCUAUGCUCAAGGCCGACGAGGGCGAAGAGUUUGACUCUACACAGUUGCGGCGGUACCAAUUGGAAAGGCUACGUUACUAUUAUGCAAUUCUCACAUUCUCGUCUGAAGAUGUUGCUAAGCAUGUUUAUGACCUUGUCGACGGUGCCGAGUACCUAUCCAGCGCCAACUUCUUUGAUCUUCGUUUUGUACCUGACGGUACUGAUUUUGAUGACGACAAACCACGAGACACUUGCAGUCGAAUCCCUGACAACUACAAGCCCAAUGAAUUCGUCACCGAUGCUUUGCAGCACAGUAAGGUCAAGUUGACCUGGGAUGCGGACGACAAAUCCCGCAAAGAGGCACAGGCCCGAGCAUUCAGGGGCUCACGGCAAGAAAUUGAAGAGAACGACUUGAAGGCCUACCUGGGCAGUGAUAGCUCUGAGAGCGAAGACGAAGAAGAUGGCGGCGUGGAGGUGGUGGACAGUACUACAAACGAAGGCACAAGCACCAAGCUCUCGAAGCGGGAAGCCGAACGACAGCGCAUGCGUGAAUUACUCGGCUUGAGUGCGGAGCCCGCUGCCUCCACCAAAACAAAAGGUCCUGUUGGAGAGAUGGAGGUUACAUUUACAUCUGGCCUUGCUGGUGGUCACGGUAAAGAUGGCGGUGUCUUCGAAAACGAACCACAGAUUGAAGAGAGCACCAUCGAAAAGUACGUGCGCAAGGAACGUGAGCGCAAGAAACGACGGAAGGAAAAGCAGAAGGGUGUGCAGAAUGACGGGUCCAAAAACGAUGCCGAGACCACAAAGAUCGGUGAUGACGAUAAACCCGCUACGACAGAAACUGUCGAGGGAGAGGAAGAUCUCGGAUUCAACGACCCGUUCUUUGAUGACCCAGAUGGCAAGGCUACUGCUGCAGCGCGUCGCAAGGAAGAGAAACGCAAGAAGCGCGCCGAGCGCGCUGCUGAGGAAGAGGCUUCUGCUGCCCAGCGUGCUGAGCUCGAACUCUUGAUGGUCGACGACAAGAAGGCUGGCAUUAAACAUUUCGACAUGACCGAAAUUGAGAAAGCUGAGAAGCAAGCCCGGCGGAAGGGCAAGGGCAAGGGCAAGGGCAAGGAUAAAACCAAGGAUGUGGCUGUCACAGAUGACUUUCAGAUGGAUGUCAGUGACCCACGUUUUGCUCGUCUUUUUGAAAGCCACGAAUAUGCUAUCGACCCAACCAACCCCCGGUUCAAAGCUACUUCCGGCAUGAAAGCCCUACUCGACGAGGGGCGUAAGCGCCGACGAACCCGCGAUGAUGGUGAGACUGAGGUUGGCCCCGACAGUCACAAUCAGGAACGUAAAAAGAAGCAGAAAAAUUCAUCCAAGGAUUCCCCGUCGGACGAUCUGAAGCUUCUGGUGGACAAGGUUAAAAAACGACAGUCUUAA